UAUGAGUUAAGUAUCGUAAAGAUAAAGAAGUCCAUCCCCUUAAUCUCCAGAAAAAGUUGCAUAAAGAGAAAAGGCAGCAUAAGCAAUGAAAAGACGUAACCAAACAUAACCAAGCUUUUUUGAAAAAUAUGCAUACCAUUUGGUAAUUGGUGCAUUUGGAUUUGUGUGUGUUUAUGCAUUAUUUUCAAUUCUAACACGUUCAAGCAAGAAACUGACUACUACUCCUGUAAUUGAUGAAGAAGAAAUUGCUAGUCAUAAUUCUUUAGGAUCUUAUUAAUAAGGACCAAAUGAUUUCUUUAAAGAUUGGAAAUUUAGCGAUGCUAAAUUCAUCUUUAACAAUCAUUUAACAUUCAAAGGAAAAAUACCUUAAUGUCCAGAAAGUGGAGUAAUAAUUCCAGAGAGUUAUAAUUUUAGAGAAGUUUAGCCAGAAUGUGCUUAACCAAUCUACAAUUAAGGUAAACUAUUUUUUAAUCGAUAGGAAAUUGCUCAUCCAGCUAUUCUAUCGCUGCUGUCUCAGCUACAAGUGAUAGGUUAUGUAAAGUCAGAAAUGGGGAAUUUUAAGAUUAAUUAUCACCAUAAUCACCAAUCUCUUGUGAUAAUAAAAAUUAUAGAUGUGGAGGAGGAAGUGUUACUAGAGUAUUAGAAGUUGGCAAAAAGUAAGGGUUUGUUACAACCUCUUGUUUACCAUAUACUGGAACUGAAGAUGCUAAAGACAAUUGUGAUGCUCUUUUUACCAAUUGUGAAAAAUAUAAGAUUUAAGAUUAUUGUGUUGUAUCCAGUGAGGAAAACAUUAAAAGAGAAAUUUUAAACAAUGGACCUGUUGUUGCAGUUAUCUAAGUAUUCAAAGACUUUCUUGUUUAUAAAGGAGGAAUCUAUGAAGUAGUUGAAGGGAGUUCAAAGUAUUUCUAAAUUUUUUAUUUAGAUUCCAAUAUGGACAUGCAGUCAAAGUUAUUGGUUGGGGAAAGCAAGACGGAAUUAAUUAUUGGGUUAUCGAAAAUUCAUGGGGAGAUUCAUGGGGUCUCAAAGGUUUAGCCUAUAUUGCUGUUGGUAUUGAAAAAAGUAUAUAUAUGUUAAGGUUAAAAUUAAUUACAAUUGGAAGCCUAUUCCGUAGCCCCUAUUGUAGCAGCCCCUUAAGACAAGGCCGAAUGAUUUUAUCG